AUGGGCGUGUCCGGUGAACCAAACGUCACGCCUCCAACCGACAACGUUCCGCGUCAGACUCAGUCCCGAGAAGCUGAACGUUACCGACGCAGAACCGUCUUCAGCAGCGAGCGCACUCGGCGGCGGAGAAGCCAGACGGGUCCAGAUGUGUGGCUGUUAAUGCGCCGAUCUCAGGGAGUCACGCGCCAUGGCUCGGCACACACACACACUCUCAGUAACAGCUGUUGUGUCCUCCAGGAGUUUGGUUUGUCUCAGCUGCGGGACGGCGCUGGCAGUCACAGUCUCAGGUCUAUCUUGUGCGUCCUGACGCUGCUCCUCUACCACACUUACGUCUGUCUGAUUCUGGGCACUGGUGAGGGGAAUCUGGUGGAGGCCGAGGCUUUAUUAGAGCCCUACAUAGAGCGAUUUCCACGGGGCGCAAUCAUCCUGUUUUACUCGGCUCGGCUCGCCUUACUGAGGGGAAACUUUGAGAACGCGCUGGUGAAGUUCCAGGAGUGUAUCUCGGCGCAGCAGCAGUGGCGUCAGAUCCAUCAUCUAUGUUAUUGGGAGCUGAUGUGGUGUCACUCGUUCCAGCAGCAGUGGAGAGAAGCGUAUCGAUACGCAGACCUGCUGUGCCGAGAGAGCCGCUGGUCUAAAGCCAUCUACAUGUAUCAGAAAGCUGCGAUCCUGAGCAUGAUGUCUGAGGAGGAGCUGAAGACGACUGGAGAGGAUGUGGUGGAGCUGUUCAGGCAGGUGGAGGGACUGAAGCAGCGGCUGGCCGGGAAAUCCAUCCCUACAGAGAAGUUCGCCAUCAGGAAAUCACGCAGAUACACAUCAGCCACGCCUGUUAAACUGGUGAUUCCCGCGCUGGAAAUGAUGUACGUGUGGAAUGGCUUCACCAUCGUUGGGAAGCGUGCAGACGCCACUGAGAGUUUACUGAUCACCAUCGAGAGAGCAGAAGAGCAGCUGCGCAACGAUCCCAACCCCUCUGAGUUUCACCCUGACGAUCAGUGUCUGGUUCAGAUGCUGAAGGGUUUGUGUUUGAAGUAUCUGGGCCGAUUGCUGCAGGCCGAGCUCUGCUUCACGCAAGUGUUGAGCAGCGAGAAGCUCAUCCGUUACGAUCACUAUCUGAUCCCCUUCACUCUCUAUGAGCUGGGUUUACUCUACAAGCAGCAGGGCAACUACGUCAAAGCCACGCGCUUCAUCGAGGACGCCAAGUUGAAUUAUAAGGAUUAUUCGAUGGAGUCUCGUCUUCAUUUCCGCAUCCACGCGGCUCUCAGCAGUCUGAAGGGUUCUCCGACAAACUCGCCGUGAUGAAGGACAAAGUUCGACCAGACGAUCAGCACGCGACAAGCACAUUACAACCAUCAUUGAAGCAACCAAAGCAGCGCGGCGUAGCGACCGUAGAAACACAUUCACCAACCAUUUCAAACCAAACCCGCCCCAGUCAUCAGUAACGUCAAAACUAGCAUCUGUGUACCUCAAACCUGAACAUCUGAACACGUAUUUGCUGUCGUUCGUUUAAAUAGAGUUGUACGUUUGUUCAGCCAAUCAGACGGCUGAAGAAACUCGCUGACGUCCAAUCAGAAAACAGCUGCUGUAAUGAAUGUAACGUUUUACUUUGAAGACCAAAUCCGCGUGUGUGUGUCUGUGUGUGUGUGUCUGUGUGUGUGCGUGUGCGUGUGUGUGCGU